AUGAUGGGAUCCAGGAAGGGCGCUCCGAUUUUUUUUUUAUUUAGGUGUAAAAACCGUUUGUCAUGGAAGGUGUAUUGGUAUUCGAGGUCACUGAUAAUAGGCCCCAAAAAGUGCGCUUCGUAAGAUUCAGGGACAUUCCACACUGAUACGCGCUGCGCUUGCGUUGUGCCUGUGUUGUGUCUACGCGGCGCUUGUUCCUCUGGUAAUGUAAAUCUAUAUAUAUCGUAUAUAUAGAUAUACAAUACCAAAGGAACGUUAUUGAUGUAAUUGAUGUAAUCAGAAGGAAAGUCCCUCAGUGUCGACGUGUGGGAAUCGGUUCUAGAAAGUGUCAAAAUAUUCUGGGUUGUCGAUUGCGGCCGGGAUCCAAGAAGUGCUGGACCUCGUGUUCGGCGUUUCCGAACACCUAGACACCUUCUACAAUCAUUAUACCACGUGCGGGUCAUGUGUCAAACAACAAACGUUGCUUCUUCGCAUUAAAUAUCAAAGUAUUUGAGAAAAAAUGACAGAGUUCACGGAUUUGAAUAUUAGUUCUUGGAUUAUUGAUCAGUUAAAGUUGAUUGGUGUUAAGAAGCCUACACCAAUUCAACAGAACUGUAUUCCUGCCAUAUUAAGUGGAAAGGAUUGUAUAGGUUGUGCGAAAACUGGUAGUGGCAAAACAUUAGCUUUUGCCCUUCCAAUUUUACAAAAGCUGUCGGAAGAUCCAUAUGGCAUAUUUGCACUUGUGCUGACACCAACGAGAGAACUUGCUUUUCAGAUUGGUGAUCAGUUUGCUGCGAUUGGAAAAACUAUCAACCUAAAAAAAUGUACAAUAGUUGGAGGAAUGGACAUGGUAGUGCAAGGACAGGAACUGGCAAGGCAUCCCCAUAUAGUGGUUGCUACUCCAGGACGUUUAGCUGACCAUUUAGAAAGUUGUAACACAUUUUCUCUAGCAAGAAUAAAGUUUCUUGUUCUUGAUGAAGCUGACAGGCUUCUAGGAGGUCAUUUUGAUGAACAGUUGAGUGUGAUAUUUAAAGCGCUGCCUAAGAACAGACAGUCUCUACUAUUUAGUGCUACCAUUACAGAUGCUUUGGACAAGGUAAAACAAGUAUCUACUAAGGAGUGGUUCAUAUGGGAAUCUACUGAUGAUUCUGGUGUUGCCACAGUAAAGGAAUUAGAUCAACGUUAUGUGCUUUGUCCUAAGGAUGUUCGUGAUGCCUUUUUAGUUGAAGUUAUCAGAACAUUUAGAGCUGAUAAUGAAAAUGGAUCAAUUAUGAUCUUUACUGACACUUGCAAGAAUUGUCAGCUGCUAUCUAUGACAUUAAAUGAAGUAGGGUUUGACAAUGUAGCAUUACAUGCUAUGAUCAAACAAAAAGAACGUUUAUCAGCGCUGUCAAAGUUCAAAUCCAAUCAUACAAAGAUUUUGAUUGCUACAGAUGUGGCUGCAAGAGGUUUAGAUAUUCCUAUUGUAGCCCUAGUUAUUAAUCACAACAUACCAAAUAUACCAAAAGAAUAUAUUCACAGAGUUGGUAGAACAGCUCGUGCUGGAAGAGGUGGUAUGGCUGUUAGUUUGGUAACGCCAUACGACAUCAAUUUGUUACACGCAAUUGAGGAAACAAUUGGUACCAAAUUGACGGAAUUCAAAGUUGAAGAUAAAGAGAUCGUCAAUAUUUUCACUCAAAUAUCCGUGACAAAACGAGAAGCUGAAAUAAAAUUAGAUGAGACCGAUUUUUAUGAAAAGAAAAUGAUCAACAAAAGGAAAAAACUAAUUUUAGAAGGAAAAGAUCCUGAUGAAGUAGAUGAAAUAUUAGAAAAGAAGAAGAAGAAACGUAGGAAGCCUGAAAAAAAGGAAAUUAAGAGUAAGAAAGAUAGUACUAGUAAAGAAACUAAUUAGUUCGUGAUGAGAUCUCACGUUAUAUUUUUACGCGGGUUCGAAAUUCAUUUUAUAAAAAUUGUUUGAAGAUAGAUUAUACUUUCAUAUAUUAACAUGCAUAGGAUUCAAACUGCGUGAAUAAGAGUAAUAAUCAUCAAAAGAAAUGAAUGAACUUUUCAUAAAGGAGUAAUAACUGGUGCAAACAAGAUAGUAUCUACUAAUAAUUGUAAAUAUUUUUUUAUUUUAGAAAUAAAAAGGCAUAGAUAAUUAAUAAAAUUUAUUUUAAUUUUUUUUCCAUAUAUUUUUUUAGCAAAAAUAUCUAUUUGUUUCUUGAAUCCUACUUUCAAAAAGACAUUGUGCGAAUCCGAACAAUCAUUGAUUUUCUGUAAUUAAAAUUCUAUUAUUGAAAAGAAAAA